CUCUUGAAGCCUUCUUCAAUUCAGAGAGAGCGAGACGGCAGCACGCGCAAAAAUGGUGAAGUUUCUGAAACCAAACAAAGCCGUCAUCGUCCUUCAGGGACGCUACGCCGGCAAAAAAGCCGUGAUAGUGCGAACCUUCGAUGAAGGCACGCGCGAGCGCCCCUACGGGCACUGCUUGGUGGCAGGGAUAAAGAAGUACCCUGCGAAGGUGAUCAAGAAGGAUUCGGCCAAGAAGACGGCCAAGAAGUCGCGUGUGAAGGCGUUCGUGAAGCUCGUGAACUACCAGCACCUCAUGCCCACGCGCUACACGCUCGAUGUCGAUUUGAAGGACGCGGUUACCCCCGACGUGCUCCAAGCCAAGGAUAAGAAGGUUACUGCUCUCAAGGAGACCAAGAAGCGCCUCGAGGAGAGGUUCAAGACUGGGAAGAAUCGGUGGUUCUUCACCAAGCUCAGGUUCUGAGCAUAAUAUUAUGCAUUUUUGUUUUCAAAAUGUUUUUGGAUCUCGCUUUGUUUUUCGUAAUUGAUACUUUAUAAUGAUGUGUUGAGAUUAGAUUUUGGUUAUAUUGGAUGUUUAAUGUGGUUUCUGGAGAUGAUAGGAUAAAGUUGUUUAAAUUUAAUUGCUGAAUUUGAGCCAUUUUUUUGUUAAGCGUGUU